UUAAAUCACACAUCUCCUCUCAUCUCCACGUCCACUCGUCUCCUGCUCUCCCUCGUUCCUCUGAAAUGCCCCAGGACUCAUCUCUCCUUCUUCUCGCCUGUGGAAGGUUCUUGCUAUAAGAUGGGAAAUGCCUCUGAAACCUCCUUAAUUUCCAAGAUAUCUAAAGAGCAUGACUUUCUUUUGGGGAUGACCUACACCAUAUUCGGUGUGUUCUCUCUGAUAGGGAACACACUCCUGCUGGUUGUUGCCUAUCAGAAGAAGGCGUCUCUGAAACCAGCCGAGUUUUUCAUCGUCAAUCUCUCCAUCAGUGACCUGGGCAUGACCAUCUCUCUCUUCCCCUUCGCCAUCUCCUCCGCUUUCUCUCACAGAUGGCUCUUCACUGAAUCAGUGUGUGUGUGUUAUGCAUUCUGUGGUGUCCUCUUUGGCCUGUGCAGUCUCAGUAAUCUGACUGUCCUGUCCUCCGUCUGCUGGAUUAAAGUCUGCUGUCCGAACUACGGGAACAAGUUCUCCUCAUCCCAUGCCGUGGUGUUGGUGCUCGGGGUGUGGUGCUACUCCACCAUCUUCGCCGUGGGUCCUCUGUCAGGCUGGGGUCAGUAUGGCUACGAGCCGUACGGCACGGCCUGCUGCAUCGACUGGUUCGCUCCUCACCACAGCUUCCUCGCCAUGUCCUACAUCAUAUGCCUCUUCUUCUUCUGCUACAUCGUGCCUUGCACCAUCAUCUUCCUCUCCUACGCCUUCAUCCUGGUGACGGUGCGCGGCUCGCGACAGGCUCUCCGGCAGCACGUGUCUCAGCAGAACAAGAUCGUGGAUGCGCAAUCUCGUGUCAUCAAGCUCUCUGUAGCCGUAUGUGUCGGUUUCCUCCUAGCGUGGAGUCCAUACGCGGCUGUAUCCAUGUGGGCUGCCUUCGUGAAUCCGGACGCAGUUCCUCCAAUCGUAUUCGCCUUGGCGGCGGUGUUUGCCAAAUCCUCCACCCUUUACAACCCGCUGGUCUACCUGGGCUUCAAGCCCAACUUCCGCAGGUCCCUUCGCAGACGGACCAGGUGCUCGUGUCUGCGCCGGCCGGAGACGGUGCGGAAAAAUGCAGAUAAGGAAAACUUCCAUUCCGCUCACAACUCUAGUGGACUUCAGAAAAGCCAGCGAACUUGCCGGACCUGCCUGGACCACACAUCUGGUCACAGCUUGGACAUCACGCCUCAGAGAACGGUCCUGAUGCUGACCGCCUGCACACACAGCGAGGUCGCGGUCAGUCAGCUGUCCAACGAGGUGCACAGCGACUUCCUUUAGAACCCAGACAUAUCCUGAACACUUCCUUCAUGUUGCCACAGAAACAGAAAGCCUCAAAUAAUGUGAAGAAGAAGAAGCAGAACCUCAGAGGAACCUCAGACAGGAUCUUGUUCAGCUUGUUGUUCCGUGAUUAAUCCACGGCUCUGGAAAUGUACAAGCUGCUGUAGAAACACUUCCACGUACUCAAAUCCAAACCAAGUCCAGAACCAGCAAAGGAUCCGGUAUUAAUCUGGCAACCCAGAAGAAAUCUGCGUGAACAAUUUCUCAGUCAAGCCUCAAAUCAAAUAUUUAUAUCUUUAAUAUUCCUGUGCAGUGGUUUAGUGGUUUAUUUUAAUUUUCUUAUGAAGCCCAACGUUAAAUAAAUAAAAUAUGGAACAAAACCAAACCAAAAAUAAAAGAACGCUGGGCCUGAUUACCUGACUCUAAAUCAGGAUGGAAACUUCGUCUUAAAUUAGAAAGUUAAUGUAAACAGCUUCAGAACAUGCUAGCUACAUUCACGCUACAUGAUAUUCAGAUUUUUUCCUCAGAUCGGAUUUAUUUAUCGUGACAGAACCACAAUUAUCUAUAACACAAACACGUGUUUCCUGAAAUCAAUUUAUUGUGCAGUUGUUUCUCUUUAUUCUCACUUUCUAUCAAUUUUUCCAGUUUUGUGUGAAUCAUCAGAUCUUGUCCUUUGCUCUUGUGUUUUUGCAGUAAUGAUGAUGAUGUGUGUGAAAUUGCGAUGGGUAAAAGCCUCCUGUCUCACACCUGAGUGUCCUCAUUCAUCCUCAGACUCCGGUUUUAUUGUCUAUUUCCUGGUUGUUUUUUGUCGAUGAUUGUGUUCAGCUGUUUCAUCUCAGUUAUUAAUCAGACAGUUUGUUCACGUGAUGUUUCACGUCUCAGUCUUCUGUAAUGUAUCAGGAGAGCACUUACUCAGUGUGGUGGUGAUGAGAAAUUCAUGAAUUGUGUGUCCAGAGCUGAACUGUACUCAAACACCAGGAAACAAACAAAGGUUUAAACCAGGAACUAACACAGAACAGUUGAAAGGCGUUGUCAGUUGAAAGGCGUGUCAGCUAGAGGGCAUCAGUUGAAAGGCGUGUCAACUAGAGGGCGUCAGUUGAAAGGCGUGUCAACUAGAGGGCGUCAGUUGAAAGGCGUGUCAAC